AUGCGGAUCUCCCAGGCCGAGCUGGACAAGACUCAGAUCCCUCACGCCUGGCGCGACUACUGUGCCCAUCUCCUGCCCGACUUGAACCGCUGCCGGAUCGACAGCUACUACCUCCCGUGGCACUGCGAAAACGAAAGAAUGGCGUGGCAAAAGUGCCAAUACGACGACUACCAACGUCGCAUGCGCGUGCUCGCCAAGGAGCGAAAAGACGCUGCCAAUGCCUCCGUGGCGGCCGAGUUGAACUAG